AGGCGGGACCAGCAAAGCCUUCAAACCCCGGCCAUGGCUGCAGCAGUUCGGACUGAUCGAGGUCGCAGGACCUUGCGUCUGGUGUGGAGCUUUACCGGAUCCAGAUCCAGUCACACCGCUUUAAAAUCAAGUUAUGACGCGCUGGUCAUCGGUGGAGGACACAAUGGAUUGGUGUCAGCUGCAUAUCUGCAGAGGGGAGGGCUGAAGACAGCAGUGCUGGAGCGCAGACAUGUGCUGGGAGGAGCAGCCGUUUCCGAGGAGAUCAUCCCUGGUUUCUGCUUCUCCAGGUGCUCAUACCUGCUCAGUUUGUUACGACCGCAGAUAUGCAGCGACCUUGAGCUUAAGAAACAUGGGCUGAAGGUGUACAUGAGGAACCCCCAUUCAUUCACCCCCAUGUUGGAGGAGGGGGUGAGAGGUGCACCACCCAGGUCCCUCACCCUCGGGCCGGAUCUCGCCAGCAACCAGAAGGAGAUAGGGAAAUUCUCUCAGAAAGAUGCACAGGUGUAUGCAGAUUUUGUGGUACUACUUGAAAAGCUUGCGGGUGCUAUCCACCCACUGCUGGACUCUCCACCAGUAGAUGUUCCUGGUGUUCUAGCUGGAUCCCUGCGGAAGAGGAUGACUGCAGCUAAAACACUCAUUCCUUCAAUCAAAUGUGGCUUGAGCCUUGGGAAGAAUAUACCAGAGUUUUAUGAGAUUAUUACGGCGCCGAUAAUGAAGAUUCUUGCUCGGUGGUUUGAAUCGGAGCCGCUCAAAGCAACGCUGGCUACAGAUGGGGUUAUAGGAGCCAUGACUAGUCCUAGUAAUCCCGGCAGUGGGUACGUCCUCUUGCACCAUGUGAUGGGAGAGCUGGAAAAGGAGAAGGGAGCAUGGGGUUAUGUGGAGGGAGGAAUGGGGGGUGUAUCUAAGGCUAUAGCUAAAGCUGCUCAAUCCUACGGUGCGGAUAUAUUCACUGAAAAGGAUGUAGAACAGAUCCUGGUUGGUUCUGAUGGAGCUGCUAAAGGAGUGAUACUGAAGGACGGCACAGAGAUCCUCAGUAAAGUAGUUUUAUCCAGUGCUACGCCGUACGUUACAUUCAAGGGCCUCACACCGCAGGGUGCUCUUUCUCCAGAGUUCAUCAGAGCUGUAGAUCAGAUAGAUUACACCUCACCUGUAACAAAAAUCAACGUGGCGGUUGACAAGCUACCAAACUUCCUGGCAGCUCCGACUCCAGAUGAUAAACCAGGACCUCACCACCAAUGCUCCAUACAUCUGAACUGUGAGAGUGUGGACGUCCUAGAGACGGCAUAUGAAGAGGCGAAGAAUGGACGUCCCUCAACAAGACCUAUGAUAGAGGUGACCAUCCCCUCUGUGUUGGACCCCACUCUAGCGCCUCCUGGCUGCCAUGUAGUGUCCCUGUUCACCCAGUACACCCCCUAUCACAUAGAAGGCAGGAACUGGACCAACCAGGACCGAGAGAAAUUUGCAGACACUGUGUUUGACUGGGUGGAACAAUACGCACCAGGGUUUAAAAAGUCCGUCGUGGGCCGAGACGUCCUGUGCCCUCCAGACCUGGAGAGGAUCUUUGGACUCACUGGAGGGAAUAUUUUCCACGGAUCGAUGUCCCUGGACCAGCUCUUCCUAGCACGACCUUUGCCCUCCUUCUCAGACUAUCGCUCACCAAUUAAAGGGCUCUAUCUGUGUGGGAGUGGCUGCCAUCCAGGUGGCGGCGUGAUGGGUUCUUGUGGCUGGAACGCAGCACUCACUGUCAUAUCGGAUCUGAAAUGAGACCACAGGGUGGGAAUUUAACUGGAGAAACAUGUUUUAGGUCUCGAUCCAGAUAUAGUUCUAUCAUGGUUUCAGUGCAGCUUGCAAGCAAGGUUUGAUAAUGCAGAAAAUACCAAAUGAUAAAGAGUCACAAGUAGAGAUAAAGUCAUCAGACUGAUCCAGAAGAAGAUCACCAGCACAAAGGUGAUGCUAACACAUAAGUUUUAAAUUACCUGACACUAAAAUGCACUCAAACAUUUUAACAUGGAAAUGAAGCUCAUUACUGGACAUUUUGAGGAUUUAAUAAAUAAAAAGCAUGUUUCAUUUUGUUUUAUGUUUGUGUUAAAAUGCAUGUGUUUAAUGUCCCAGCAGAAGUCUGUAUGAUUAAUUCAUUCAUUCCUCUCUGAACCUGAUUAUAUAUCUUAUUAUUGUAGUAGAGGUGAUUGAUUUACAUAUUUUUAUAAAAUAAAAGAGUUUCUGAUGGUUA